ACGGUGUGUUCGGUGGAAUGAUUCCACAACCUACUUGUGGCUGGUAUUGUUCUUUUCCGCUUAAUCGUUCGCCAUGGGUCGUGUUCGAACUAAAACAGUUAAGAAGGCCGCAAAGGUCAUUAUUGAGAAAUACUACACGCGCUUGACGUUGGAUUUCCACACAAAUAAAAGAAUUUGUGAAGAAGUCGCUAUUAUUCCUACAAAGCCAUUGAGGAAUAAGAUUGCUGGAUAUGUUACACAUUUAAUGGGUCGUUUGCGACACUCUCAAGUUAGAGGCAUUUCCAUAAAACUGCAAGAAGAAGAGCGAGAACGUCGUGAUAAUUAUGUACCAGCUGUAUCUGCUUUGGAACAGGACAUAAUUGAAGUUGAUUCUGACACUAAGGAAAUGUUGAAGCUCUUGGAUUUCCACAAUAUUCGUGGUUUACAAUUAACUCAACCAUCAACCGGUGGCUCAUUCAAUAGAAGAAAUUAAACUUGUGUUUUAGUGAGAACAAAAAUACAUUUGUAAUUUAACAAAAAUA